AUGACGAAAUCACAUAGCAAUAGUUGCCAUUUUUCAGAUUCAAUUUCCAGAAGGAUAGUGAUGCAACAGAGGUGUGAGGCUGAGAGUGAUCAGACAAAGUCUCAACCUCACAAAACAAAGGCACAAAAAUAUUCAGAAUUCCCAACUCACAAGUACAAGCUUCAGAGUGACAGGUUGCAGCUUUGCUGCUAUAUAAGAGGCCAUCCAUGGCCAAGCAGUAGACCACAGCUAGCUAUCUUCUGCACAUUUUCAGUUCAGUUUCAGUUUCAGGUGAUCAGCAUCAGCUGCCGGCCGGCGACCGGCCGCCGGGGACGGCGGGUGCGGCAUGUCCGGCUGGGCUCGGUGCUCCGGCUGCGGGUGAGGCUGUUCGGCGUCGUCGGGCUGCUGCUCCGGUGCCUGGAGGAGCUCAAUUGCUGCCCGAGGAGGUGGUCGCCGGCGACGGCGGCGGCGGCGGCGACCACCGUGAUGAGGGCACAGCGGCUGAGCCAGGACUGCCGGCGCCGGCGGCUGGCGGCGCCGGCGGAGGCCGGCGGCGAGAGCUCUUUCCAGGCGGAGGCCAUUGCCGACUGCUUGGAGUUCAUCAAGAGAUCAUACCUGCAGCCUACUACAGCAUCAGCUUGCUAGUGAAUUUUCAUCGAUUAAUUAGUGGAUCAACUAAUAUUGACGUGCAAUCCUUUUGCGCGUUCGCAAAAAAUUAGUGGAUCAAUUAAGUUACGAAGUUCACUCAUCCUGUGAUGUGCAGUAGCUUAAAUUAAUCUGUAUAUCUCAGUUUUGCUAGCUUUUGUUGCGUAAUGCUUUCCAUCAAGAAUGUACAAAAAUGAUGUUAAUUUUGAUGAAUAAAAUUACAUAGUAAUAUAAUUAUGUUUGCUGGUA